AUGGCCGAAGGCACAGUACCAGCAGAGAGACAGAGAAUGCCAGACUUGGGCGACAAUGAAGCUUUACAAACGUUUUUGAUGAAUGGCGUGGCUUCCAUUCAUCGGAAUCCCGAAGACAAGAUGAAUCCAAGUACCUACAUGAACCUCUACACAGCUGUAUCAGAAUUGAUCAAUCGCAAAAAAUACGAAGACGGAGUACUUCUCUCGGAAAAUAUCUACAAGGGCGUAUUUAAGAUUCUGGCCGAGCAUUCACAGUCGGUGGCGGCAAAGCUCGAAUCCCAAGAUGACUGUGCUUUGCUGGGCGCUUACUUUGCUGAAUGGGACCAAUGGACCUCGAGUGCAACAAAGGUCGACCGUAUACUGAAUCUUCUCAAUCGUCAUUAUAUUCUUAGGCUUACGAGCGAGGGAAAGAAAGGGAUUUAUACGAUCCGUCUCCUUCAUUUUGUUCAGUGGCGAUCUCACGUCUGGGAGAAAGUUUAUUCUCGUGUUAUCGACUGUGCCCAGAGGGCGAUUCAGAAGAAUGAUGAGGAGGCAAACAGGAUUAACGCUAUGAUACAGAGUCUUGAGAAAGGUCAACCCGAUUCUGACCCUACUUUUGGGAAUGAUGAUCGCACGGGAAUUCGCAAGAGCUUUGAGGCACCGUUUGUACUUGAUGUGGAGAAACUUGAGAGAGAAGUUGAUGAGAUUAAUGCUAGUUUGGGAAACGCAUCAUCAAAUUGA